AUGGCGGGAGGAACCAAGAAACCAGUCAAUAUCUUCCGUUUGAGGAACCUGGGUGAACCAAGUGAGAUCUUCAAUUGGAAGCUUUGGUUCGCUGUCAUCUCUUUCGGUUUGAUGGGUGCCGCUCGUGGUGUCGAUGAAGGCCUCAUCUCUGGCGCGUUCAAUUCCAAGGACUUCCAGAAAUACAUCGAUUACAGUUCCUACAGCAAGGUUGAGCAGACCAAUAUUAAGGCCAAUGUUUCCGCUAUGGUUCAGAUUGGUUCAGUCGGAGGAGCCCUCUUUGCCUUCCUAGUCUGCGAUCGAAUUGGACGUAUCUGGGCUACUCGCCAGCUUUGCAUUCUCUGGAUCUUGGGGAUUGCCAUUUUCAUGGGAAAUGGAGGUAGCUUGGGGGCUGUCUAUGCGGGUCGCUUCAUUGCCGGACUUGGCGUCGGCCAGACCGUUGUUGUUGCACCCGUCUACCUUGCAGAAAUUUCGCCUGCCUGCAUUCGAGGUCUCUGUACUUGCGUUUUUACUGGCUUUGUCUAUCUCGGAAUCGUUCUUGCAUACUUCGCAAACUAUGGAUGCCAAGUGAAUAUUGGAGACAGCACACACAAGAGAUGGGAAAUCCCCACGAGCCUACACAUCAUCUUCGCUGGGCUCAUCUUCCUUCUUUCAUUUCUACAAUACGAGUCACCCCGAUACCUUGUUAAGCGAGGACAGACAGAGAAAGCCAUCAACAACUUGGCCUUGAUUCGCAAUCUGCCUCCAGACCACGAUUAUGUUAUGCGAGAGUUUGCUGGCAUCGAAGCCGCCCACGAGGCAGAAAUGGAGGCCACUAUGGGCUCGGGGCCUCUGGGAAUCAUCAAGGAAAUCUUUCUGAUCCCCUCAAAUCUGUACCGCGUGUAUCUUGCCUUCAUGGCGCAGCUUCUCUCACAAUGGUCUGGUGCAGGAUCGAUCACGGUUUAUGCGACGGAUCUCUUCAAACUCUUGGGUAUCUCUGGGAGCAACGAGAACUUGCUUGUAACCGCCAUCUUCGGCAUAAUUAAGCUUACCGCCGCAGUUAUCUGUGCCUUGUUCUUGGUUGAUGUGAUCGGACGGAAAAGAUCAUUGCUCCUAGGAAUCUCUCUACAAGCUAUUUCCAUGAUUUACGUGGCUGGGUUCCUCACCGCUGUACCGGAGAUGGGGAUCGUGAGUAGCUUUGUCCUUCCUGAAAACCAAAAGGGCGCUAGCAAGGGGGCGAUUGCCAUGAUCUACAUAUCUGGCGCUGGAUGGGCUCUCGGCUGGAACUCGAUGCAGUACGUUCUGACCGCUGAAUUGUUUCCUUUACGGAUUCGUGCUCUGGCUACAUCCAUGGCCAUGACAUUGCACUUUGCCAAUCAAUAUGGCAGCUCGCGUGCAGUACCAAAUAUGCUUCUUUCCGUUGAGAACGGAGGAAUCACGCCCAAAGGUACAUUCUGGUUCUUCAGUGCCGUGACCGUCAUCGGUGGUUUCUGGGUAUGGUUCUCCGUACCAGAAACAGCUGGCCGUAGUCUCGAGAGUAUGGAUCGCUUGUUUGCAUUGCCAUGGUAUCAGAUUGGUCGACACGGCAAUCGCGAUGCUGAAGCGCGGGAUGAAACCAAGAUGGAGAUGGUGGAAGCGACCGAACACAUCGAGAGAACUGAUGUUCCGAGCCGAGUCUAG